AACUGUAAAUCGACGCCGAUGAACGGACGGAUCUGGGUCAACGCCAUUUGACCGUAUGUACGAACAAGUAGAGGGUCAAUACUGUAAUUAACUACAACCACUCUGGAGCGGUGGUCUUUAAUUUAUAUCGAUUCGGCUCUGUUUUUGUUGUUGUUUUGGUCCCUUUGGUUCCCUCUUUUAUACAGAGGUUUCACUUUGCUUUCUCUCUGAUAAGGAGAGAGAGAUGAGAACAAGGAGGGGCCUUUGUUAUCCGAGACUGGAUGUUUGUGUUGAUAACAACAAGAGAAUGAUGAGGAGGAGAGAUUUUAGCGGAGAUUCCAUGGUUCUUCGGAGUAAGAGGCAGAGAUUCUCGCCGGAGGUGGCCGGAAAGUGUGAUCUUUUCGAUUCUCUUCCGGAUGAUAUUGUUAUAUCUAUUCUAUGCAAGCUUAGUUCUACAGCCAGUUGCCCAUCUGAUUUCAUCAACGUUUUGUCUACAUGCAAGAGGUUGAACAGUUUAGCCCUGAAUUCUCUAGUGCUAUCCAGAGCUUCACAGAAAGCCUUUUCUAUUAAGGCGGAGAAGUGGUCGGAGUCCGCUCACCGAUUCUUGAAACUCUGUGCCGACGCCGGAAAUGUUGAUGCUUCUUACACUCUUGGCAUGAUUCGAUUCUACUGUUUACAGAAUCGGGGCAGUGGAGCUUCUAUGAUGGCGAAAGCGGCGAUUAGUUCUCACGCGUCGGCUCUGUAUUCUCUUGCUGUUAUUCAAUUCAACGGCAGCGGUGGCUCCAAGAAUGAUAAGGAUCUAAGGGCCGGUGUGGCUCUAUGCGCUCGAGCUGCUUUCCUCGGCCACAUCGACGCCCUGCGGGAGCUUGGGCACUGCCUUCAAGAUGGCUACGGCGUGCGUCAGAAUAUAACAGAGGGACGCCGAUUUCUUAUUCAAGCCAACGCUCGUGAGUUGGCCGCCGUUCUUUCUUCGUCUGCGGUUCCAGGCAUCCCGGCACGCCCAUGGGUCACUUGGACCCACAAUCCACACCCGAAUCCGAAUCUUAACGUCAGCCCCAAUAAUGCCCAGUUGAACGGCGUGGGUUGUCCGUUGUUAAGCGAUUUCGGAUGUGACGUUCCGGCUCCGGAGGUGCAUCCAUCAAGCCAAUUCUUAGCCGAUUGGUUUGCUGCUCGGGGCGGGUCACCGGGUCCGGGUCUUAGGCUAUGCUCGCACGCUGGUUGCGGGAGACCCGAGACGAGAAAGCACGAGUUUCGGAGAUGUUCGGUAUGUGGAGCCGUGAAUUACUGCUCACGUGCUUGUCAGGCGCUUGAUUGGAAGCUGAGACACAAGGCGGAGUGCACGCCCGUUGAACGGUGGCUUGAGGAGGAUGGUGAGGGCAACGAUGGCGGAGUUGACGGUUACGGAGAUAAUGACGGUAACGGCGAAGAUGACGUUAUGGGAGAGAGUUAAAUACUAGUUAAGAACUCAUCACCAAAAACGUAACGGUGACAGUAACGGCUGAUGGAGUCGUCAACGACUCGGGUAGAGGACAAGAAAAUCUUGAGAGAUAAUGAGGUGGCCAAUUUUGUUUUGAAAGUUAAAGUUAAAAUCUUUUCACUGUUGUCUUUGAAGAAGGCAAGUAGAGUUUUUGCUUCCCUUGAUUGUAUAGAGAAAAGGGUAAAUCAGUAAAAUCAAGGCGACUGUUUUGGCCUUUUGCUUUCAUGAUUAAUUAGGGUUUCUUUCCUUUC